UUAUGGAUUAAAAUUGACUGGAAAUGAUAAAUAGUAGUACUCAUAUUUCUUCUUUUAUCAUCACUUCGCCAAGUUCUUUUCAAUCAUCCUUUUGUAAGUUCACCAAUUCUUGUUGGUUCUAGGAUUUGGCCGAUAGUUCCGAGGAAGAAAUGGCUGGUAGCGAAUCGAGACAAUUUUCACCUGAGAAGAAGCCAAAUUCUGCAGAAGAACUACUUGCCUGGCAGAGGGAACUGCCCUGCCGGUUCUUGGCUAAUGAGGUUCAAUGGGACGACAAUGUUUUCAUCCCCGAAGACGCUUCAGAGAAGCUCCCCGCUAUAUUUCACAGAAUUUACGGGAGGUACUUCAAUCAGAUUUGUGAAACCGAGGGUUUCGACAUUGACAUCUAUCCCGGUGAUUCUAUGGCUGCUAUGUAUAUACCGUACCUGGAUUUUGACAAAGAAAUUGGCUUGCUGAUGGAUCUGGCUGAACACGCUAUUCAGGACUACAACAAUAGAGAAAUCGACGAUUACAAGUAUGAGGUCGAGUCUGUUGAAAAAGUGAACUUUAUUUUGGCUGAAUGUCGUGAAUUCUUUAUGACAGUUAAAGUUAAAAAUCUCACUUUGCGUACACCCGUAGAAACUUUUCAAAUCCAUGCAUAUAAGGGACCAGAUUUUGAGAAUGUUGUCCGUACGUGCCGGAAAAAGUUGUUUGAGGUAUACAGAUUCCCUCCCCUUUUUGGUGAAUGA